AUGAUCACAUACGACAGGUUGUAUCGCUCUCCCACGCACAAUGCGCAACCUACCAACCGAUUCUCUGCUGUGGAAACAACUGUUUCAGAACCCGAUGAGCCGUCACAAGACGCAUAUCGAGAAUUGAAGAACCUGCGAGGGAUGCACUUGCAGUGGGGCUAUGUUCGGCAUCAAUAUCCCGAUUCUCAAUUUCAAUCUGCCCGAAAGGACUUCACAUCUUGGAAGACCAAGUUUUUCAAAGUUUCUAUGCCAGACAGACCGGAAGAACCGAAGCUACCGUGGCCAUGGCGCGACAAUGCGAAGUGGCUCUUCGAGCUCAACGGUGUUCGUAACAUGCAAAAGGCUUGGGAAAGCCUUGACAUUGAAGACCGCCGCAAACAAUGGCCCUUGAUUAUGCUUUCCACACUGGAUCGUUGCCCCGAUAAAGCACACAUGGUGCUAGAAGCUACGUUGGAUCCUUUACCGCCUGGGUAUGCUAUCAAUGACGUGCUCCUCUUUGUUGCACAGCGUCUACGCAUUAGCAGCAUAAAAAACGUGCGUGAACGAACGCUUAGAGCCGAACAGGUGCUAGAAUUGGUGAUCAAAGUUUUGGAAGAGGCGCCAACCGGCCAUGUCCCCCUUGGGCAGCGAACAGCCGGUAUACUUGCACGGAAAUUACCAAGCGAACAAGCAAGCGAGUUGUACAGUAUUUUACAGAGGGCUAACAUUAAGCUGCACCCAAACACGCUGUUACAGUUUGCAGGAAAGUUGGCUGGUGACAUGGCGCAUAAAGAUACGGCGUUUGAGAUUCUCAAGGGGCUCGCCGACAGCGGAGUCGAUCUUAAUGCACCCAGUCCCUCAAGCGCCAUCACUACGCUCCUACAUUGCCGAAUAGCCCACGGUGGCUCGUCAGAGAGCCAUUCAUCUUUCUCACCCAAAGAUACUCUGGAAUAUUUCAUGGACAGGGGCUUCAUACCCAACGUGAUUAACGCGACUGCCUUCCUCGACUCUUUAUGCCAACGGGCAGAAGUUGAAGAGGCUAUACGGCUGGCAUUGCUGUUUUCCGAGUCUGGCGUCCAGCUUGAUACCAAGGCUUGGUCUACCAUAUUCAGAGGCGCCAAAGGGAGCCUCAAGGUAGAGAACGUGGCAAAGAGCCUUGAUGUUGCUAAAGCAGCCAAUGCCCCCUACGUGGAUGUGCUCAAUAAUGCUCUCCAUGCCAUCUUCUAUUUCGCAGAGAUGGAAUCCCGCGAGAAGCGACUCACUGCACCCUGGAUCUAUCCCCUGUUUGGUCCGAUGCUGCGAGCGUACGCAAAGAAGUUUGAAUUGGAACCGCUACAGUGGUGGCUGCCCGACUCCUUGCCCUUGAUGCUAACACAGACAACGGGCAAUGACGGUGAGAAGUUUGACAGCAAUCAACUACGAACAUGGGACUUUCUGCAAACCAUUGUUCCUCUUACUGAGAAAUCCUUUUCAGCGCAAAACAGCGGGCCGAAGUUACAACCUAAUACAACAACAAUAGCCAUCAUGCUGAGGGCCUACGUCAAGACACUGCAGUACCCCUAUGAUCUUAUGGCUUUCUAUGCCUUCUUCAAGGCCCGGCUUGAGGAGCAAGGCGGGAAAGAAGGCUUCGCCGCUCAGCUGAUCAAGGACCAGGGCAGCCUAAUUCACGAUACUAUCAUCAUGGCUAUGAUGGAAAGGCGAGGGUUAUCACGGCCAGCGCUGCAAAUUUUCGGAGACAUGCUCAAAGACCACUUGCAUAGAAGUACGACUGAGAGUACGGAGAGAAGCACCUCUGCACCGGUUCAUCCACCGCCAGGUCUAUGCACAUUCAGCAUCCUUGUGCGUGGUCUACUCAAUAGUGGCGAUCGGAUUUUGGCAGAGCAAGUUAUUCAUGUUAUGAAAGAGCAAGGUGUUGAGCCAAACCUUGUGACGUGGAAUACUCUUACAAAGGGAUAUGCAGCAAUGCAGAACAUCAACAAGACGGUGUCAACCUUGCAGGAUAUGGAGGCGGCAGGCUUCAAGCCUGAUCUAUUUACUUUCAAGGCGUUUGGCAAGCUGAAGAACCAGGGACGGGCAUUGGAGAUGAUGGAGGGCAUCAUCGACGUGAAUAGACAAAAGAUGGAGGGCGAUGAUCUGUAUGAAUAAGGCGACGUGGAUUGUACACUUUAGCAUAGUAUCUCGGCGCUGCUUGGGACAUGUUUUUCCUUCUUUCAUUUAAAUAACGGCGAAAUGAUAUGAUACCAUGGAGUAGGGGGCUAUGGAAACAGAUCUCAGGAUUUGGCAGCUAUGAACAGAUAGAACGGAUAUUACUCUCAUCUAUUGAAUAAAUGACAAGAAUAAGAUGUU